AUGCCACGCAGGUUACCGCUGGCACCGAUGCGCACGAGAUUUACUUGGUGGAUGCAGGCGGCGCUCCUCGUCGUUGGUUCACGUGGAUGCACCGUCGUGUCGAAGACAAGGUUUCAAUCUAAGGAGACGACCAUGGGCGCGGGACAUGAUCACGGGAAGGGCGCAAACGAGCGCUCGAUGUGGAUCGCACUGAGCUUGACCGGCUCUUUCAUGAUCGCGGAAGCGGUCGGAGGUUGGCUGACCGGCAGCCUGGCGCUGAUCUCCGAUGCGGCGCACAUGCUGACCGAUACCGUGGCACUGGCGAUUGCCUUGCUCGCGAUUCGCAUCGGCAAGCGAGCGGCUGAUCGACGGCGCACCUUCGGCUAUGGACGAUUCGAGAUCAUCGCAGCGGCGUUCAAUGCCGGCAUGCUGUUCGCUGUCGCGAUCUACAUCUUCUACGAAGCCUGGCAGCGAUUCCGGAUGCCACCGGAGGUGCAAUCAAUCCCAAUGCUCGUGAUCGCCUCGCUGGGCCUGAUCGUCAAUCUCAUAUCGAUGCGACUGUUGAGCGCAGGCCAGUCUGAAAGCCUCAACGUCAAAGGGGCUUAUCUCGAAGUCUGGAGCGACAUGCUCGGCUCACUCGGCGUCAUCAUCGGCGCCGGAGUGAUCUACCUCACGGGAUGGACUUGGUUCGAUCCGCUGAUCGCGGUGCUCAUUGCCGUGUGGGUGUUGCCGCGCACCUACAUCUUGCUCAAGGCAAGCGCAAACGUGUUGCUCGAAGGCGUUCCCGAAGGCGUCGAGAUCGACAAGAUCGAGUCGUCUAUUCGAUCGGAUGCGGAUGUUCGCGGCGUGCAUGACUUGCAUAUCUGGGGACUUGGCAGUGGGCAAAUCAGCUUGGCCGCGCACGUGUUGUUGGCGCCCGGAGUCCAGGUGGACAGCUUCCUGCGGCGCACGGAAAUGAAGCUGAAAUCCGAAUACAAGGUGACGCACACCACCUUGCAGUGCGAGUUCGAGCCCUGCGCAGAUGAGGACAUUUGUUCGCUCUCUACAAAUGUCCAUGACCGCGAUGAUGAGCACGAUCAUCACAGCCAUGCUUAG